CCCGGCCGGGGCCGGCCGGCCUGAGCGCCUGGCAUUAUUAGCAAGGAGAGACUCCACCGCCAGUGAGAGGUCGUCGUCGUCGUCAUGGAACGACGGCUCCGUGCAAUCGCGCCCAAGCCCUUGCCGCCGCCGGCGCCGCCACGGAGCCUGCUGUGGCGAGGGCACAAGCGCGGCCGCGAUGACCAUCUCCUUUUGUCGCCUCCGGUGUCAAAAAGGGAGAGGGAGGCGACGUCGUCGUCGUCGUCGUCGUCGUCCUACCCUUACCCUUACCCUUACCCUCCACCUCCACUCUUGCCAGCCGCCGGCGUGGGACUGGGACGGUACAUGUCUAUGCCCGAGGGUGUUCUCGCCGGCUGUGAGGAGCGGCUCCGGGGACUCUCGCUUGUGGCGGGGUCUCCAGCGGCGGCGGCGGCGGCGGUCCCGGUGGAGCGCGACCUGAUCUCGAAGCUGCAGGUGCCCAAGGUCAUCAAGCCUCGCCCCGCUCGCCCCCUGUGCACCACCAUCUGCAUCGACUCCAGCAACAUCGCCGACGCCGUCGACGGUGGUGGCGUUGCGUACCCGGAGACGACGUCGACGGUGUCUGUGUCCAGCAAGACGGCGAGGGAGGUGGAGACGGAACUGGAGCUGCCGGGCGCGCUUCCGGCCGUCGUGUCCGGCCACCACCACAACCGUGUCCACCUGGUGAAUGACGCGUACAAGGCUAUGGUGGGGCAGCCAGUGUGCCCGUGGCUCGACUACCUGCCUGGCGGCGCCGGCGCCGGCGUGUCGACGACGUCGAGGAGGAUCAAUGGUAUAGUGGUGCUGGAUGUGCGAAAGUUCGGCCCUGCUGCCGCGCCGCCACGCCGGCCGCCGGAUGUCGUCGGAGGAUCAGUCGACGCCGCCUUCCCGUGCACCGCGAGGAUCACGUGGGAGCAAGGUGGUGGCAACGCCAUCGCCUCCCUCACCGUGCCGUGCACCGUUGAGCACCUCAUCGGCAGCAGGUCCGGUGACUAUCGCUACAUCUGGAGGUUCGACUCGAGCAGAGCGUCCAUCAUCUACUGCAUCACGUGACAGACUGAUGAGCUAUCUAUUUACAUCCAUGCUUUUGUUUCUACCGCAUGGGUGUUGCUGGUCGAUUGAAGCUGCAAAAUAGAUGUGUAGGUGAUGGAUCAUUUAGUUUGCCUCCUAGCGCUAGAGUUGAUUUAAUUUGGAUGUCACCGAAUGUGUCCAUGCAUGUAUAGGAUAUAGGAUUUUUCUCGUGCAUGCAUGGUGUUGACUGAUUCAAGAGUAUUACAAGAUGCAAGGAAGGUUUUUUAAA